AUGAGGAAGCUAGCGGCCUCCACGCCACGUCGCAGUCCCCGCCGGCCACUCGGUCCCCCAUUUCCCGCCUCCCCCUCCCGCAGGCGCGGCCCAGGGCCUCGGCCCCGCGCGGCGGCAGCACGGCGCAGCACGCUCCGCUCCACGCUCCGCACCAAGGCUGACGGCGAAACCGUCCUAAAAGGCCUCCAGUCCAUCUUCCAGGAGCAGGCAAUGACCGAGUCGGUGCGCACCUGGCAGGACCGUGGCUGUUUAGCGCCCUACACAAACAAAAACGGCAGCUUUGCCAAUGUGAGAAUUUACCCACAUGGAUUGGUGUUGCUGGACCUUCAGAGUUACGACGGUGAUGCGGAAGGCAAAGAAGUUGAAAGUCUUUUGAACAAAGUAGAAGAAAGAGUUAAAGCAUUGAGUCAGGGCAGUACGGGACGGGUGAAGCGGUUACCACCCGUAGUUCCAGGAGGGGCCAUGGAUAGGUACUGGCCCACUGCUGACGGCCGCCUGGUUGAAUAUGAUAUAGAUGAAGUGGUGUGUGAUGAAGAUUCACCUUGUCAGAACAUUAAAAUUCUGCACUCGAAGCAGUUUGGAAAUAUUCUCAUCCUUAGUGGGGAUGUUAAUCUGGCGGAGAGUGAUUUGGCAUACACCUGGGCCAUCGUGGGCAGUGGCAAAGAAGAUUACACUGGCAAAGACGUGCUGAUUCGGGGAGGCGGAGAUGGGGGCCUUUUAUGUGAAAUAGUCAAACUGAAACCAAAGAUGGUCACUAUGGUCAAGAUUGACCGAAUGGUGAUUGAUGGAUGUAAGAAGUACAUGCGGAAAAGGUGUGGUGACGUCUUAGACAAUCUUAAAGAAGGCUGCUAUCAGGUUCUUGUGGAGGACUGUACUCCAGUACUGAAGAGGUACGCCAAAGAAGGGGGAGAGUUUGAUUAUGGGAUUAAUGAUUUGACAACCGUUCCAAUCUCUACAUCUCCGGAAGAAGAUUCCGCAUGGGAGGUCCUCAGACUGAUUCUUGACCUCUCCAUGAAAGUACUGAAACAGGACGGGAACUAUUUUACACAGAGGGACUGUGUCAAUUUGACAGAGGCCCUGUCCCUCUGUGAAGAACAGCUCGGGCACCUGUAUUGUUCUGUGGAAUUCUCAAAGGAGAUCGUCUGUGUCCCUUCAUACUUGGAAUUGUGGGUAUUUUACACUGUUUGGAAGAAAGCUAACCCUUGGAGAUCAGUACCCCCUAACCAUGUGUGCUUACAAAUAGCCUUCCUGACCAUCAUAUGCUGUACAUGACAACAAAACAAG